AUGACUUGUGAAAACCAAGAGUUGGCUUCCAAGUACAAAAGGCUGCAAGAAAAAUGUGAAAAUAUUGUAAAUGAGAGACAACAUGCCAAAGAGACUGCUGACUCUCAGCACCAAAAAUAUGCAAUGAAACUUACCAGUCUGACUCAUGAAAAUCAACAACUGGCUUUUGAUAACAUCAGUCUAAAGGAGAAACUUGAGGAUGCGCUGAAUAAAAAACACCAAGCAAAAGAGGAUGCUUUGCUUCAGCAUCAAAAGGACACAGAUAAAAUCAACUUAUUGGAUCAUGAGUAUAAACAGCUAACGUCAGAGAAUGAAAGGUUGCAUGGUAAACUUGAGAAAGCCCUGAAAGAGAUAAACGUCAAAGAUGCUGCUAUAGCAGUUCAACAGACAGAUAGAGAUACAAUUAAACAUCAGAGUCAUGAAAACCAAAAGCUAGUGUCUGAGAACACAGUUCUACGAGGGAAGCUUGAGGAUGCCAGAAAUGAAAGAGAGUCUGCUAUCUCUCAGCAGCAGAGGGAUGCAGGCAAACUUGCCCAACUGACAAAAGUAAUCGAACUAAUAUCUUCUGAAAAGAAAAGACUAGAAGUUAAACUUGUAGAUGCAGUAAGUUGGAGACAGCAAACAAAAGAGGCUGCUAAUUUACAGCUGCAGAGGGAUGCAGAAAAAUUUGAGCAUCUGACAAAUGAAAUCAUACAACUUGUAUCUGAGAACAAGAGGUUACAAGGAAAACUUGAGGAUUCCCUGAAUGAGAAGCAGCAUCUGAAAGAGGCAGCUACCUCUCAGCAGCAGAUACACAUCAGUAAAAUCAACAACCUCAUGAUUGAAAACCAACAACUGGAUUCUCAGAACAAGAGUCUUCAAGGCAAAUUGGAGGAUGCUCAAAAUGAGACACGCAAAACUCGUGAGGCUUCUGUUUCUCAGCAGCAAAUCGCUGCAGAGAAACUCAAACAUCUUGCUUUAGAAAACCAAAGUAUGAUUUCUGAUAACAAAAGUCUUCAAGAAAAACUGGAAGAAUCUCUGAAGGUGACCAAUAGUGCUCAUGAGGCUGCUGUCUCUCAGCAGCAAAAAGAUCAAGAAAAAUGUGAUUACUUAGCGAAAGAAAACCAACAACUAGCUUCUGAAAAGAAAACACUGGAAGAUAAACUUGAGGAAGCCCUGAAUAGGAGACAGCAUACACAGGAGGCUGCUGACUCUCAGCGACAAAUGGAUAUAACCACAAUAAACAACCUUACUCUUGAAAACCAAGAUCUAGCUUCCCAGAAUAAGAUUCUUCACAGCCAACUAGCAGAUACUGUAAAUGAGAAACUCCAAGUCUAUGAGGCUUCUGUUUCUCAGCAGCAAAAAGAUGCUGAAAACAUAACACAUCUGAUGAAUGAUAACCAACAGCUGUCCUCUGAAAACAAGAAGCUACACGUGAAACUUGAAGGUGCCUUAAGUGAGAGACAGCAUUUUGGUGAGGCUGUCACCUGUAAAGAGCUAGAGUCUGCAGAAAAACUGGCACAGCUCACUCAAGAAAACCAAAGUUUGACUUCUGACAACCAGAGUCUUAGAGACAAACUUGAAGAAUGUUUGAAGGAGAGACAAGAUGCUCAUGAGGUUGCUGCUUCCCAGCAGAAAAAGAAUGCAAGUAAGCUAGAACACCUCAUUUGUGAAAAUCAACAAGUGAUCUCUGAGAACAAGAGAUUACAAUGCAAAUUUGUGAAUGCCUUUAAAGACAGACAGCUUGCAUAUGAAGCUCAGCAGCAGAAAGAGGCAGAUAAGCUAAACCACCUUACUUAUGAACUGCAACAAAUGUCUUCUGAAAAUAGAAAAUUACAGGAUAGACUUACAGUUGCCCUAAAUGAGAAGCAGCAAGCCUACGAAGCCCUUACUUCUCAACAGCAGAGAGAGGCAGAAAUAUUGGACCAGCUUUCACAUGAAAAACAGCAACUGGCUUUAGAUAACAAGAAGCUUAAAGCUAAAUUUGAAGAGGCGCUGGGGAACCGACAGCAGACCUAUGAGGCUCUUGUCUCCCAGCAGCAGAAAGAUGCAGUUAAACUUGAUCAGCUUUAUGAUGAAAAUAAACAACUGGCAUAUGAAAACAAGAGACUGCAAGUUAAAGCUGAAGAUUUACAACAUGACAUAAAACAUGCCAAUGAGGCUCUUGUAUCUCAGCAGCAAAAGGAUGCUGAAAAGGUGGCUCAGCUGACUCAUGAAAACCAAAAACUAAUUUCUACUAAUGUAGAUCUGCAGGAUAAACUUGAAAAAUUCCACAGUGAGAAACGGCACAAUCAGACGAUUUCUGUCUCCCAGCAGCAGAAGUAUGAGCACAAACUUUGGGAAUUAACUAACAAAAUCCACCAACUAUCUUCUGAGAAGAAGAGGCUUCAAGAGAAAAUAAAGGAUAGCGUGAGUGAGAAACAGUGUGCUUUGGAAGCUGCACAAUUGAAGCUGCAGAAUGAUGCUGCUAAACUAGAUCACCUGUCCAACGAAGUCCAUCACCUAACUACUGAGAACAAGAGGCUGCAAGGUAAACUUGAGAAUACUCUGACUGAGCAGCAGAAUGAUGCAGAAAAACUGACCCAUCUGAUGAACGAUAUCCAACAGCUUUCAUCUAAAAACAAGAGGCUACAAACCAAACUCGAGGAUACUCUGCAUGAGAGACAUCAUUUUGGAAAGAAUGCUGCUGCUCAGCAGCAGAAGGAUGCAGAAAAACUGUCGUAUUUGAAUCAGGAAAACCAAAACCUGACAACUGAAAACAAUAGCCUCAAAGUUAAACUUGAAGAUGCCUUGAAGCAGAGGCAGAGUAUCCAUGAGGCUGCUAUUUCCCAGCAGCAAAUAGAUGAAGAAAAACUUGAUUAUCUGGAAAAGGAAAUUCAAAAACUGGCUUCUGGAAAGAAAAUUCUAGAGGAUAAACUUGAAGAUGCAUUAAAGGAGCAGCAGCGUACAAAAGAGACUGCUGCCUUACAGCAGCAAAAUGAUGCAGAAAAACUGUCCCACUUGACAAAUGAAGUUGCACAAAUGAGACAUGAAAUUGAAGAAAUAACUUCUGAGAACCUGAGUUUAAAAGGGAGCCUUGAAAAUGCCCUAAACGAAAGAAAGCAUGAGAAUGUGGUUGCUCAAUGUCAACACCAAAGGGACACUGCUCAGAUAGACCAUCUAAACCUUAAAAUAGAUGAUCUUCUUUCAGAGAACGGGAGCUUGCAAUGUAAACUUGAAGAUGCCAUCAAUGAGAGACAGUUUGUUUUUUCUGAGCAGAAACAGGAUGUAUUUAAUCUAGACCAUCUUAUCCAUGAAAAUCAACAGUUGGCAUCUGAGAACAAGAGGCUUCAAACUAAAAUUGAGGAUGUUUUGAAAGAGAGACAGCGUGGUUUUGAGAUUCUUAUUUUUCAACAGCGAAAGGAUGCGGAGAAGUUAGACAAACUAACCUACGAAAACCAAAAACUCUCAAAUGAGAUCAAGAGGUUAAAAGGUAACUUUGAAGACGCAUUGAAUGAUAUUCAACAUGCUUAUGAGACUGCGGUUUCUCAAAGGAAGACAGAUGCAGAAAUAUUAGCUAAUUUAAAAAAUGACAACAAACAUCUUGUGAAUGAAAACAAAAACCUGCAAAGUAAACUAGAGGAAGCCUUGAAUGACAGGUGUUGUGCUCAUGAGGUGGUGGUCUCUCAACAGCAAAAGGACAAAGAUAAAGUGAACCAGCUCACACUGGAAAAUCAUCAGCUGGCUUUUGAGAAGAAGAGCCUGCAAGGAAAAUUAGAGGAAUCACUAAGAGAGAGACAGCAGGCCAGUGAGGCUGCUGACCGUAAGAACCAAAAUCUGACUGAUAAAAUAGAACAACUGACCUCUGAGAAUAAGAGCCUCGACGAUGCCCUAAACAAGAGUAGGCAUGCUUAUCAAACUGCUGCCUCCAAGCAGCAGGUGGAUGCAGAAAGACUGUCCCAUCUGACUCAAGACCUCCAGAAACUGACUAAUGAUAACAUUGCUCUGAGAGAUAAACUUGAGCUUGCUAAAUGUCAGCAUCAAAAGGAUGCAGAUACACUGAACAAUCUAACCAUUGAAAUACAACAAAUGCUUUCUAAGAACGAUAGCCUUCAGUAUAAACUCAAAGAUAUAUUGAGUGAGAGGCAGUACGCUCAGGAGACUGCUGCUGCUCAGCAGCAGAAAAAUACUGAUGAUCUGAAUCACCUUAUAUGCGAGAAUCAAAAACUAACAACUAAGAACAAUGACUUACAAGAUAAACUUGAGCAAACUGUGAAUGAAAUACAAAAUGCUUAUCAAACGUCUUUCUCUCAGCAGCAGAAGGAUGCUGAACAAAUGUCCCAUCUGAGUCAAGAAGUUCAAACCCUGACUGCUAAUAACAAUACGCUUAAAAGUAAACUGGAGACGGCUUUGAGUGAGAAACAGGUUGUUCAUGAAGCUGCUGAAUCUCAGCAUCAGAGGGAUGCAGAUAAACUAGACCACCUCAUUCAAGAAAUAAAACUAAUGGCAGCUGAGAAGGAGACACUUUGCUACAAACUUAAUGAUGCCCUGCUCAAGAGGCAGGAGGACACAGAUAAAUUAAAUCACCUUAUUUGUGAAAAUCAACAACUAACAACUGAGAACAAAAAGCUGCAUGUUAAACUAGAGGAUGCCCUGAAUGAUAUCCAACGCUCUAAAUGUACGUCUCUCUCACAGCAGCAGAAGGAUUCAGAAGUGAUGGCUCAUCUAACUAAUGAAAACCAACUACUGGGUUUUGAGAACAAAGACCUGAAAGGUAAACUGGAAGAUGUCUUGCAUCAGAGACAGCAAGACCUUAAAGCUGCUAUGUCCAAACAGCAAAAAGACAAAAAUAAAAUAGACAAUUUAAGAACAAAAUUUCACCAAUUAGUCGUUGAGAACGAUAGGUUACAGGCCAAGUUCAAAGACGCUGUCAGUGAAAAACAGUUAGCAAGAGAUGCUGAGGAUUCUCAGCACCAGAAGGACACUGGAAAAAUUGAUUCCCUUACCCGUGAUUACCAACAUCUGGUUUCCGAGAAGAAGAUUCUGCAAUGUAAUCUAGAGGAAGCAGCAGAAAGAAAUGAUCUUUUGACUCACAGAAUACAACAACUGGUUUGUGAAAACGAAAGCCUAAAGUGUUCACUUGAAGAUGCCGUAAAUGAGAAAAAAUGUGUUCAUGAAGCUUAUGUCUGUCAACAGCAGAAAGAUGUAAAUAAACUGGAACAAGUGAUUUGUGAGAACCAGAGGCUACAGGUCAAACUUGAGGACACACUGAAGGACAGACAGUGUAUUCAAGAAGCAGCUGAUUCACAGCAGCAAAAAGUUGGAGAAAAACUAGACAACCUCAAUCAUGAAAUUUUACAUUUGUUAUCUGAGAAUAAAAGGCUUCAAGGAAAACUUGAGGAUUCACUCACUGAGAACAGACAUGUUAAAGAGGCUGCUGAAUUGAAGCAACGAAAGGAUGCAUGUAAACUGGACCACCUUUCUCAGAAAAUUCAGCAACUUGCUUCUGAGAACAACAGGCUGCAAGGUAAACUUGAGGAUGCUCUCAAUAAGAAACAACUUGCUCACAAGGCUGUGGAAGCUCAUCAGCAAGAAUAUCAAGUAAAACUGAAUCAGUUAAAUAGUGAAAACCAACAGAUGGCUUUAGAAAAGAUAGAACUGCAGAGUAAACUUCAGGAUGCUGUGAAUGAUAGACAGCAUGCUUAUUUGACUGCUGCCUCUGAUCAGCAAAAAGAUGCGAAAAGACUGUCUGAGUUGACUGAGGAAGUGCAAACAUUAUCUUCUCAAAACAAGAUUUUGCAGCAUAAACUCGAGGAUGCCCUCAGUGAAAAACUGCAUGCUUUUCAGGCUGCUGAAUCUCAACGUCAGAAAGAUGCAAAUAUAGUGGAAUGUCUGAGCUGUGAAAUACAAAAACUGGUUUCUGAGAACGAAAGCCUGCGAUCUAAAGCCGACAUUGCCUUGAAGGAAAGACAGCUUUCUGAAGAGGCUGCUCUGUCUCAACAGCAAAAGGAUGCUGCUAGGCUAGACCACCUCUCUCAUGAAAAUCAACAACUUUCAUCUGAAAACAAGAAGCUGCAGAUUAAGCUUGAUGAUGCCUUGAAGGACAGACAGGAGACCUACGAGGCUUUGGUCUAUCUACAGCAGAAAGAUGCAGAAAAAUUAGAACAACUUGUUCAUGAAAACCGAAGACUGGCACAUGAGAACAAGAGCUUGCAAGGUAAUGUUGAGAAUGUCCUAAAUGAUUGUCAUCACGCUUAUGAUGUUGCCAUCUCCCAAAGGCAGAAGGAUACUGAAAGAAUAGCUGGUUUAACUCGUGAGAAUCAACAGUUAAGUUCUCAAAAUAAGAUUCUGCAGGAUAAACUCCAGGAUGCUCUCAGUGACUAUCAGCGUGAGAAAAUGGCUUCAGUCUCCCAGCAGCAAAAGGAUGAACAUAAAAUCUGCCAUCUUUCAAAAAAAAUCAAGCAACUGGCAUCAGAGAACAAGGAGCUGCAGGGGAAAUUACGAGAUGUGCUUAAUGAAAGACAGUGUGCACUGGAUGCUGUGAAUUCACAGCUUCAAAAGGAUGCAGGUGUGAUAGAUAACCUUACCUUUGAAAACCAACAGCUGGCUUCUGAGAUCAAGAGGAUACAAGAGAAAUUGGAGGAGACAUUGAGAGACAAAAAUAAUGAUUAUGAGGCUGCUCAGUCUCAGCUGCAGAAGAAGGUGGACCAAAUAAACCAUCUUACUAAUGAAAAUCAACACCUGGCUUUUGAGAAUGACGGGCUGCAGAGUAGGCUUGAUAGUACUUUGAAAGAAAAACAGCAUGCAUAUGAGGCUGCUGUCUCUGAACAGCAAAAGGAUGCCAAAAAAUUGUCCAAUUUGACAGAGGUUGUAGAAACACUCACUUCUGACAAUUUGAACUUGCAAGGUAAAAUUAAAGAUGUCCUGAAUCAGAGUCAGUUAGCUCAUGAAGCUGCUGAAUAUCAACGUCAGAGAGAUGCAGAAAAACUAGAUCUCCUAACCCAUGAAAUGAAAAACAUGAUUUCAGAAAACAACAGUCUGCAAUGUAAACUAGAGGAUGCCCUUAAAGAUAAGCAACUUGCUCACGAGGCUUAUGUUUCUCGGCAGCAGCAGGACACAGAUAAACUAAACCACCUUUCAUACGAAAAUCAACAACUAGCAUCUGAAAACAAAAGGCUGCACAGUAAAUUUGAGGAUGUCCUAAGUGAGCGACACGUUGCCCAUGAAGCUAUCGUCUCUCAACAGCAAAAAGAUGCAGAUAAACUGCACCAAUUACAGCAUGAAGUCAAACAACUUGAACUUGGAAACACAAAGCUGCAAGAUCAACUCCAGAAUGCCCUAAAUGACAGACGAAAUGCUUACGAGGCACUUAUAUCCCACCAACAAAAGGAGGGAGACAAACUGGAACAUCUUACUCAAGAAAACCAAAGACUGACACAGGAGAAUGAGAGGCUGCAAAAACAUGUUAAAUGUACCCUGAAUGACAUACAGCAAACCUAUGAGGAUAUUAUGUCCCAAAGGCAAAAAGAUGUAGAAAAAUUAAACCAUCUCAAUCAUGAAAACCAAGAGCUGGCUCUUAAGAACGAGAAGCUUCACAGUGAACUUACCAAUGCUCUAAAUGAGAAACAGUAUGCUUGUGAAGUGGCUGCCUCCCAACAGCAAAAUGAUGCCAAAAAACUGUUGAAUUUGACCAAUGAACUAGAGAAACUCACCUUUGAAAACAAGAGCCUGCAGAAUAAAUUUGAAGGUGUCCUGAAUGAGGCUCACAGUGUUGAGUCUCAACGUCAGAAGGAUGCUGAGAAAGCUGACCACAUGAACCACGAAAUACAAACAUUGGUGUCUGAAAAAAAGAGGCUGCAAUGUAAAAUGGACAGUGUUUUGAAUGACCAACAGCAAGCCUAUGGGACUUUCAUCUCAGAGAAGCAGAAAGAUGCAGAGAAACUAGAACUACUGGCCUAUGAAAACCAAGAACUGACAAGUAAAAACAAAGUUCUGCAUGAUAAACUUGAGGAAAGGCAACGAGCCAUUGAGGCUUCUGUCUUUCAGCAGCAGAGGGACAGAGAUACAUGUCAGCAUCUCACUUAUGAAAAUCAACAAAUGGCUGUUGAGAAGAAGAGGCUACAAGGUAACCUUGAUGCUGCCCUGUGUGAAAGACAGCGUGCUUUUAAGGCCGCUGACUCUCAGCAUCGCAAAGAUACGGAUGAGCUACAACGUCUGAGUAAAACAAUACAUCAGCUAGCCACAGAGAACAAAAGGCUUCUAGGUAAACUUGAGGAAACCCAGAGUGAAAAGCAGUCUGCCGUCGAAGCUGCUCAGUCUCAGCAUCAGAGGGACACAGACAAAGUAGACCACCUGACUCAGAAAUUGCAACAAGUGACUUCUGAGAACAAAAGACUAUUAGGUAAACUCAAGGAUGUCCAGAAUGAGAAACAAAAGGCCAAUGAAGCUGCUAAAAUACAGCAUCAGAAGGAUGCUGAAAAGGUAGACCAUCUGAAUGGUGAAUAUCAAAAACUGGUUUCUGAGAACAAGGAGCUGAGAUGUAGACUUACAGGGGCACUGGAUGAGAGAAAACAGUCUCUUGAGGCUUCAGCUUCUCAACAACUGAAGGACAGAGAUAAAAUCAACAAACUUACUUGUGAAAUCCAAAAGCAUGUUUCUGAAAAGAUGGUGUUACAAAGUAAACUUGAGGAUGUCCUGUAUGAAAAACAAUGUGCGUACAAAGCUGCUGAAUCUCGACAGCAGCAGGAUGCAGAUGCACUUCAACGUUUCACCCUUCAAAACCAACACCUGUCUUUGGAGAACAAAAAGCUUCAAGCUAAACUUGAGGCUGCCCUAAAUGAAAACAGUCAAGUUUACAAAGCUGCUGCUUCUCAGCAGCAGAUGGAUACAAAUAAACUUGAGCAAAUGGCUGAAGAAAAUCAAAAACUGAAAAUUGAAUACAAGAACAUGCAAAGUAAACUUGAGGAUGCAAUAAAUGAGAGGAAACUGGUCCAGGAAGCUGCAGUCUGUCAGCAGAAUAUUGACAGAAAAACACUUGACCAUUUAAAUAAUGAAAUGCAGCAACUGACUUUUGAAAACAGAAAACUUCAAACAAAAGUCGAAGAUGGCCUGAAUGAGAGACAACACGAGUAUGAAGUCAGUGUCUCUAGACAGCAGAGAGAUAAAGAAAGACUGGAACAUCUAAAUCAGGACAACCAACAUUUGAUUUCUGAAAACAAGAAGCUACAGGAUAAACUUGAUGAGUACCUCGAGGAGCGACAUCUUUCCCAUAUAUGUCUACAAGAAGACAAAAAAGCUAUCAGCAACCUUGAGGAGGAAAUGAAGAAAGAGAAAACUUGUUUGUUACUUGCACGUAAAAAGAUUGAGAUGCAAAAGAAAGUUUUAGCAUCUUCAAAGAAAAUGAUGAAAAACAUGCAGAUACUGAAGAUGGAGAACAUCCAAAUAAGAGCUAAAUUCAAGGAUGUGGAAACCAAGUAUAACAGAGUCAUGAAUAAGAAAAAUCUUUCUCAUGACGCUGCUGUCUUGCAGCUACAGAUGGACACUGAUAAACUGGAUCAUCUGACCGAGGAAAACCAACAACUGGCUUCUGAGAACAAGAGACUGCAAAGGAAGCUUGAUGAUGCUUUGAAGAAAAGACAACGGGAUCAAAAGGAUGCUGUGUUUCAGCGGCAGAAUGAUGCAGAUAAAGUGGCCCAACUGACCAGUAAAAUCCAGAAGCUAACUUCUGAGAAUCAAAGGUUGAAGGAGGAAGUGGAAGAUGCCGUAAGUGAGAAACAGCGUGCAUGCAAGACUGUGUACUCUGAGCAGCAGAAGAAUGCUGAUGACCUGAAUCGUCUUCAUCAUAUAAACCAAGAACUAACUUUUGAGAACAAACGGUUUCAAGAUAGUCUAGAAGAUGCUCUAACGGAAAGUCAGCAGGCUAAAAAGCAGCUCCAUGAAGACAGAGAAUGUUGCAGCAGACUUGAGGAGGAAGUCAGGAAACAGAGAAUGCGCUUCUUAAAAGUGCGUAAGAUUUUUGAGAUGCAAAAGAAAGCUUUUGCUGCCACAAGGGGCAGGAUUUAUGACAUGCAGACACUCAAAAUGGAGAAUAACAAUUUAAAACUCCAAUUGAAGGACUUUGAGACAAAAUAUGGAAGACUAACAGCCCGACACCACUCUCUGUGUCAACUUCACAGAGAGAUGAUGUCACGGAAGGAUGACACCAUCGCUGUGAAUCAAACUACAAUAGCUGAGCUGGAGUUAAGGAUACAGGCUUUUAACACACAACAACUGGAGAGCAAAACACGUCAGGCCAAACUUGAGGAAACGCUGAGACAGGAAAAAACACACAGCACUGUUUUGCGACAGAAAGCAGAUCAACUUCUCUUGUUGAUGAAGCGGAAAGAGCCAUUUUUGAGUACCGCGGUGAAGAACUAAUUCAGGCUCUUAGAAAUGCAGAUUAACACAUUGGAAGAGUAGCAUUAAUAAAUGCAUUAUUCUCAUUUAUAUGAUUAUUGACAUCAAGUUGAACUACUGAAAAAUGGCUGCCUCAUAGAACUGUCAGAAAAUGAUAAAGGCUAAAGGGCAACCACAACAGGACACAACACAACUGAACUCUGCUGUCUGUCAAUCCUAUCAAUCCAAAAGAAAAAUAACAAU